GGAGCAGUGCGGCGGCGCGGGCGGCCGUCGGGGCUGGGCGGCGGCGGCGGCAGCUAAGAGGGCCCGGCUUGUGGGAGCCAAGGUGGGAGCCGGCCUCGGCGCGCGGCCACCAUGUCCGCGCCGUCGGAGGAGGAGGAGUACGCACAUCUCGUGAUGGAGGCACAGCCCGAGUGGCUGCGUGCCGAGGUGAAGCGGCUGUCCCACGAACUGGCCGAGACCACGCGUGAGAAGAUCCAGGCGGCCGAGUAUGGGCUGGCAGUGCUCGAGGAGAAGCACCAGCUCAAGCUGCAGUUCGAGGAGCUCGAGGUGGACUAUGAGGCCAUCCGCAGCGAGAUGGAGCAGCUCAAAGAAGCAUUUGGCCAGGCACACACAAACCACAAGAAGGUGGCUGCUGACGGGGAGAGCCGGGAGGAGAGCCUGAUCCAGGAGUCGGCGUCCAAGGAGCAGUACUACGUGCGGAAGGUGCUAGAGCUGCAGACAGAGCUGAAGCAGCUGCGCAAUGUUCUCACCAACACUCAGUCUGAGAAUGAGCGCCUCACGUCCGUGGCCCAGGAGCUAAAAGAGAUCAACCAGAAUGUGGAGAUCCAGCGUGGCCGCCUGCGGGAUGACAUCAAGGAGUACAAGUUCCGGGAAGCCCGUCUACUUCAGGACUACUCAGAGCUGGAGGAGGAGAACAUCAGCCUGCAGAAACAAGUGUCUGUGCUCAGGCAGAACCAGGUGGAAUUUGAGGGCCUCAAGCAUGAAAUCAAGCGCCUGGAGGAGGAGACCGAGUACCUCAACAGCCAACUGGAGGAUGCCAUCCGGCUUAAGGAGAUCUCUGAACGGCAGUUGGAGGAGGCUCUGGAGACACUCAAGACAGAACGGGAGCAGAAGAACAACCUGCGCAAGGAGCUGUCGCACUACAUGAGCAUCAAUGACUCCUUCUACACCAGCCACCUGCAGGUCUCCUUAGAUGGCCUCAAGUUCAGUGAUGAUGCCGUCACCGCUGAGCCCAACAACGAUGCUGAAGCCCUGGUCAAUGGCUUUGAGCAUAGCGGUUUGGUCAAAUCCUCGCUGGACAACAAGACAUCCACACCUAGGAAGGACGGCCUGGCUCCACCCUCUCCAAGCCUCGUUUCUGACCUGCUCAGUGAGCUCCACAUAUCUGAGAUCCAGAAGCUGAAGCAGCAGCUGGUGCAGAUGGAGCGGGAGAAGGUGGGCCUACUGGCAACACUGCAGGACACACAGAAGCAGCUGGAGCAGGCUCGGGGGGCCCUCUCUGAGCAACAUGAGAAGGUGAAUCGUCUCACGGAGAACCUUAGUGCCCUGCGGCGCCUGCAGGCUGGCAAGGAGCGACAGACUUCCCUGGAUGAUGAGAAGGACCGCGACAGCCGUGAAGACGGCGACUACUAUGAAGUGGACAUCAAUGGGCCUGAGAUCCUGGCCUGCAAGUACCACGUGGCUGUGGCUGAGGCUGGUGAACUCCGGGAGCAGCUCAAGGCAUUGCGCAGUACACACGAAGCUCGCGAGGCCCAACAUGCUGAAGAGAAGGGCCGCUACGAGGCUGAGGGCCAGGCACUCACAGAGAAGGUCUCUCUGCUAGAAAAGGCUAACCACCAGGACCGAGAGCUACUGGCCCAUCUGGAGAAGGAGCUGAAGAAGGUGAGCGAUGUGGCUGGUGAGACCCAGGGCAGCCUGAAUGUGGCUCAGGAUGAGCUGGUAACCUUCAGUGAGGAGCUGGCCAACCUCUACCACCAUGUGUGUAUGUGCAACAAUGAAACGCCGAACCGUGUCAUGCUGGAUUACUACCGCGAGGGCCAGGGCAAAGCUGGCCGUACCAGCCCUGAGGGCCGCGGGCGUCGUUCACCUGUCCUUCUGCCCAAGGGGCUGUUGGCCACAGAGGUGGGCCGAGUGGAUGGGACUGGAGACAGCAGCCCCUCACCCAGCUCUUCACUGCCAUCACCAUUGAGUGACCCCCGCCGGGAACCUAUGAACAUCUACAACCUGAUUGCCAUCAUCCGAGACCAGAUCAAGCACCUACAGGCAGCAGUAGACCGUACAACCGAGUUGUCCCGGCAGCGAAUUGCCUCACAGGAACUAGGCCCUGCCGUGGACAAGGACAAGGAGGCCCUCAUGGAGGAGAUCCUCAAGCUGAAGUCACUGCUGAGUACCAAACGGGAGCAGAUCACCACCCUUCGCACGGUGCUCAAGGCCAACAAGCAGACAGCUGAGGUGGCCCUCGCCAACCUGAAGAGCAAGUAUGAGAAUGAGAAGGCCAUGGUGACCGAGACCAUGAUGAAGCUGCGGAAUGAGCUCAAGGCCCUCAAGGAAGAUGCAGCCACCUUCUCCUCCCUGCGUGCCAUGUUUGCCACCAGAUGUGAUGAGUACAUCACACAGCUGGAUGAGAUGCAGCGGCAGCUGGCGGCUGCAGAAGAUGAGAAGAAGACCCUGAACUCUCUGCUGCGCAUGGCCAUCCAGCAGAAACUGGCACUCACCCAGCGGCUGGAGCUGCUGGAGCUGGACCACGAGCAGACCCGCAGGGGCCGCAGCAAGGCCACCCCCAAGGCCAAGCCAGCCACCCCGAGCGUAAGUCACACCUGUGCCUGUGCCAGCGAGAGGGCGGAGGGCGCCGGGCUGGCCAACCAGGUGUUCUGCAGCGAGAAGCACAGCAUUUACUGCGACUAGGGCUGUGGGGCGCUGCACGCCGCUAACGUCUGCUUCACCUCAACUAACCCAGUUGCAGUGGGACAGCAGUGCUAGGCCAGUCUUAACGUGACUAACGCACGAAGGGCAGCACUGGGACACAUCUGUCCCCAGGACACUGAGCUUUGUGUUGCUUCUCGCCCACAGCCCCCUCGAGGGUAUCCUGUAUCAGUUGCUGUCUUUUGGGGUGGUGGUAUCAAAGGUCUCCCCAGGCACCAUUAGGAGAACCCGAGGUAGAGUCCUUCCCUGGGCACAUGGGCAGAACCUGAGCUGAAACUUGCAUGGUCCUCACAUGUGUCCAACAUCAGCGCUUGAAAGCAGUUGUAUGAGACUCGAGCCUCUGUCGUAGGAGCAGCCCAGGUCAGCUCUCUGCGGCUGGCGUGGUCUCAUGGAAAGGUUCCCUGUAUUUUCUGCAGCAUCUCACUGCGAACAUUCAGGACAGAAGUGCAGAACUUCCUCCAGUCCCAGGGGGAACUGACCCCAGAGGCUGCAUGAGACCCCCACACUUCAGACACAAAUAACCAUCGCCCAGAAGGACAGAGCUUGGCUGCUUAGGGUCUCAUCUCUGAGAUCCAUCCGCAUGCUGUUCUGCCCUGUGAGGUGACAAAUUGGCAGGGCCUGAGGUCCUAGGUUUCCUUUUUUUUAAUGAAAAAGUGUUCCAAGUGCCUGGCCAGACCCUGGUCCUUGGUGCAGCCUGUUCUUUGGUACCUAGAGACCCAGAGCCCAUGCUCGGGUCUUUUCCUGGAAGUUGUCAGACCCAAAGAAGCAGUGUUUGGAGAAGUGCUAGUGAGCUCUGCCCGGUUGCACUGGUGCAGCAGAGCCCAGCUGUGCGCUGGAAGGACGUCCUGUGGGCCCGGAGCUGUGCUCAGGCCCGGCUGGUAAGAGUCAUGUGGUUCUCAGUGCAAUUUGGGGCCCCUUUUCCAGAGGCUCAGUGCAGAGCUGUGGCAUCAAGCGUUUGCUUUAGUGUGCUGUGAAGUAGGACUCUGCUCAGUAUUUCUCUCCCAGACUUCCAUCUCCUGUGACAGCCGCUUGCCUGUCACCCUGUGGACAGGUAUCUUUCACAGUUUGGGACACAGCAUUUCAUUUGUGGAACACAACGUUGGUCCCCAGCAUGGGACCCUGUGGUCUCUCAAACAGCUUUCUCUUCCUUCCCUCUGUGUGGUGCCUAGGUUGUUGCAGUCUCUCUCAGAUUCUAGGCACCACACAGUCGUGCACUGAGGGUAGACUAGGCCACAUGUGUCCCUUGCAUGUCCGUCCUGGGAAUGGCUGCCCGCAUGCCCACCCACCUUCUGCCUUUCCUUUUCUUUGGGCCAGGACACAGCUUCCCUUCCAUCGUCUGGGGCUUUGCGGGCACUUGGAGUCCCAUCCCCUAACACACACGCAGGCCUCCUCUGCCAACUAAUUUGCUCGCUCACUCCCAGAACAGGAGCUUUAGCGUUAAGUGGUAUGGAAGUGGCACGUGACUGAUUUCUAAUGCUGUCUUAUUUUCUCCUGUUUUCAGCUAUAGAGUAGCUGCUGGGAGGAUGUGGCCACCGGCCUGUCACACUGCAGCCCCCUCCCCUCUCCCCUCCCAUGGCCUAUGCAGAGGAAGGAAGGGCAGCCUAAAGUCCACUUAGAGAUGUUUGGAUAUGCUACUGUAAUUCUUUUCAAAUAGCAUUCCCCAAGUUUUUAAUGGGAGUUUUAAGGAGAAAAAAAAGCUUUACUAUUGAGAAUGCUGUGAGCUGCUUGGAAAGGCCUGUGUACGGCCGAAGAACCUGCUUCCACCACCACGGUCAGGCUCUCUAGGGGCCUGCUGGACAGCCUGCCAUGGGGGGCUCCUUAUUACACAUGCUCCUUUUUUAUCCGAUCAACCUGUGCACUUUUGAUAUUUUGAUAUUAUAUUUGCUUCCUUAAUUCCUUGCGUAGAGAUGGUCUCCGGUGCCGUGGUCUCUGCUCGUGGUCCUGUAGCUGUCCGUCCUAGCUCAGGCGUGUUGAUCUGGUGUCGGCACGAGGCAGAGCUGUGCUCCAUAGUUAGUAGCUGGACUGCAGGUGAGGCUUCGACCCGGCAAGGAGCUGGCUAGUGUAUCCACGCUGUGGUUCAACAGCCUGUAGAGGACACGGCAUUGUGGUUCAUGUUUGAAGUUACAGAUUUUAAAUGCCAUGUUCAUUAAUAAAUCCAGGGUAUUCCAAUUCUGGGGUUUUUCAUAUUGUAUUAUUAUUAUUCUUAGGAAUAGUUCAAUGUAACAAGAAGAAAACUUGACCUUUGCUCUGGUUAAAACAGUAAUAGGCACUUGAAAGCAUAAAUUAUUGAAUGAGUAGUAUUACCUACAAAUUCCAGAAUUUUCUGGGUUUUAGGACAUUGUGAAGCAUGACUGACUAACAGAAUUUUAUACAACUGCACCAGUGAAAUUCCAAAUUGGAAUUGUUUUGUUAUUCUGGUUGUUGUGCCAAAUUGUGGUACACUUAGAAAAUUCUACAGUUGUCGAUUUUUAGGGUGUUCUAUUUCAACACCUUUUUGUUAGUAACCAUUGCCAGUAGUGCCUUCAUCAGUUACGGGAGGUGUCCCAGCCAAGGAAGUUCUCUACAAUGGGCAGCGGAGAGCUAGUUGGGAAUGCUGAAGGCCAGUGUGGACCAACAGGUAGGAGGGGGUAUCUGGCUCACUUCACCUGGGCAUCUGCAUUGAGGGAGAGAGAACAGUGAUUGUGCAAAAUUCUGUUAGUCAGUAAUUCUUCACAUGCAAAUUCAGGGGCUUAGAAACAGAACAAACAGCAAACCUGGAGUGUGCUUUGGGAACCAAAUGGACUUCAUGGGACAAGCUGAGCAAGCUGUGCAAACAUCACGUUUGUGAAGGGCUGAGGGCGUCAGGAGAGCCGGCGCAGUCGGCCUGCGAGUAGGGAAGAGGGCUAGCCAUAGUGUUCUUUGCAAAUGUGAAAACAAGACAUUCUAUCUUCUCUUGCUUGGUGUAACUAAUCACUGUUAAUUUCAGGAAACAGAAGUCACUAAACUCCUUAGCAAGCUGCUUGCUAAGUGAGAUUCAGGGUGUGGUCAAAUUGGUACUAGUGGAGGAAGAGAAAUUGUCCUCUGGCCUCCAAAAAAGGGACAAAUUAUAAUAAUAUAAAUUGUUAGGAAUUGAAGAAUUCUGUUUCCUGGAAUGAGCAUUUCUUAUUCCUAGUUGUUGGGACUCUUUGCCUUCUGUUACAGUGUUGAUUCAUACAAAUAUUGUUACAUUUGAGAUAACAUCAUCUGUAUGGGGUAUUUAUUUGCAAUGAUGUCUAAGUACUGUAUUUUUUCUGUGUGUUACCUUAGUGUCAGAAUGUUGGUCUUUAUUUUAAAAGUCAUAUGCAUGUUCUCCUGCCAAGGAACCUUUACACAGACCCAAAGCAAAUAAUAAUAAGCAGAUGCCUUCAGUUUCUGAGAAAAUGAGGCUAAGUGAGGAAAAGGCAUAGGAGGGAGAAACUAGCAGUUGUGUGGCGGAAACGUCUCCACAGCCAGCGCACAUAGGAAAAGUGGGCCUGGGUAAAGAGUCACAUUGGUAGGACCAAUAAAGAAUAAUAAUAAUAAAAAAAAUGAAGCACA